AAAAAAACAUUCUAUAGAUUGAGAAUCCAAACAUUCUUUGAUUAAUUUCUCUCAAAUCAUAAUAUAUUCUUUGAAGUCAUGGCAAUAUUGUCCAAAAUAGCCACUGAAGAUGGGCAUGGAGAAAACUCGGCCUAUUUUCAUGGCUGGAAGGCUUAUGACAGUGACCCUUUCCAUCCAAAAAAGAAUCCUCAUGGAGUUAUUCAGAUGGGUUUAGCUGAAAACCAGCUCUGCUUUGAUUUGAUCAAGGAGUGGGUGGUAAACAACCCCAAAGCCUCCAUUUGUACGGCCGAAGGAGCAAAAGAGUUCAAAGAUAUUGCUCUUUAUCAAGACUAUCAUGGAUUACCUGAAUUCAGAAAUGUAUCAAUCUUUCUUUAUAUGGCUGUGGCAAGAUUCAUGGAGAAAGUGAGAGGAGACAGAGUGAAGUUCGACCCUGACCGUAUUAUUAUGAGCGGAGGUGCAACUGGAGCUCAAGAAAUGCUAGCCUUCUGUUUGGCAGAUCCAAGAGAAGCCUUUUUGGUCCCAACCCCAUAUUAUCCUGGAUUUGACAGAGACGUAAAGUGGAGAACACAGGCAGAGCUUUACCCAGUGGUCUGCGGAAGCGCCAAUGGCUUCAAAGUGACAAGAACCGCUUUGGAAUCAGCAUAUAACGAAGCUUUAGACAAGAACAUCACAGUGAAAGGCUUGCUCAUUAACAACCCUUCAAAUCCACUCGGCACCGUGCUCGAUCGCGAAACCCUUAAAGAAAUCGUGCGUUUCAUAAACGAUAAGAGCAUCCACCUCAUAUGCGAUGAAAUCUAUGCUGGCACGGUCUUCGGCACCACCGAAUUCGUCAGUGUAGCAGAAAUAAUCCAAGAAGUGAGAUGCAAUCAUGAUCUAAUACACAUCAUCUAUAGCCUUUCCAAGGACCUAGGGUUUCCCGGGUUCCGGGUCGGGUUAGUUUACUCGUAUAAUUCGUCGGUUGUGAGUUGCGCGAGAAAAAUGUCGAGUUUCGGGUUAGUCUCAACCCAAACACAACACAUGAUUGCUUCGAUGCUUUCGGACGAGGAAUUCGUGGGGAAAUUCAUCCAUGAAAGCUCAGAGAGGUUGAGGAAGAGGCAUCGGGAUUUCACGACCGGGUUGUCCGAAUUCGGGAUUGACACGCUGAAGAGCAAUGCAGGACUGUUUGUUUGGAUGGAUUUGAGAAGGCUACUUAGAGAACAGACAUUCGAAGCGGAACUCGAGCUCUGGAAAGUGAUCAUUGAUGAAGUGAAGCUUAAUGUGUCCCCUGGCGUUUCUUUCCAUUGUGCGGAAGCUGGCUGGUUCAGAGUGUGCUUUGCUAAUAUAGAUGACGAGACAAUGAGGGUGGCACUUAUGAGGAUAUGGAAGUUUUUGCUUCAGAAGAAGGGUGUGGAGGCAGAGGUGGGAUCUACGAAGAAGAAGUGUAGUAGAAGAACAUUGAAGAUCAGUUUAUCAUUUAAGGGAUUGGAUGAUGGUUUAAUGUCUUCUGCUCCUCAUUCUCCUAUGAACUCCCCUAUGGUUCAGGCAACGAAUUAAACAAACAUGAAUUACUAUUUUAAUUACCCAAAAAUAAUACUAUUUAAUUAAAAAUAAGAAAUCUAAAGUUGAAAGAAAUAACAUUGAACCAUUUUUUGAUACGGUUAUGUUCACUAUAACUGUUAAUAUUCUGUUCCUCCCGCUAUAUAGUUGGAGGAAAAAAUGAGGCCACAAUGGGUUUUGAUAUGUUCUUUCUUAGUUUACGUCAAUGUUUGAAGAAUUUGAAAUACAUGGGGUGUAUUUAGUCCUCUUCUUGCGUAACUCCAAUAUGAAAUACAUUAGUGUAUUUAGUCCUCUUCUCAUCCGAUUAUGCAAUGUUUUUGGAUUUGUCAAUCAAUAGACAAAGUAUAAUCAUCAUUUGUUUUACUCUUUUUUUGCUGC